ACAAGAAAUGUCCGGAAAUGGAAAGCGCUUAGGGCCAGUGGAUAUCAAACUGCAUAGAACAAGCGCUUGGUUUUUCUGGGAAGCACCGGUCUUCAAAAACACAGACAGUGCCGAUGAACUGUUGUACCAAUGCGGUCUCACCCUUAAGAUUGAGGCUUUAUUUUGUUCUUGUUGUGAUUUUAUUUGUGAGAGAUGUCAUUUGUUGUCAACUCUUAAGCUUGGGGCUUUUGCUCUUGUAUAAUGGUUUUUCUCUGUGUUUUUUUGAAGGUUGAUAAAUCUAUCAGAAUCGAUCCUAAGCCUGUGUCGAAGUGCGGGAUUCAUCUGAAAAUUGAUACGAUAACAAUGAAUUGCGCUUGUCCUUCUAGUUCUACCAAAAGAGCAACAAAGUACUAGAGAUCGUCUUCUAAUGCAAAAGGUGCAUACGAAAAGGGGCUGACGGCGGUCAACGAAAAGGUGCCAGUCAAGCACUCGUUUGUGCUUACCUAUCGUCUCUGGCUGUGGUACAUCCCGCUUAUUCCUGUGGCAGCAUUCUUGUUCACCUUCUGUGACUUCACAUCAAAAGUCGGAUGCACUGCAGAUCGCGUCUGCAGUGUGAAAACUGACGCACAAGGCGCUUCUCGCUAUGCCUAUGAGAUCGAUGAGGACCCCUCGGUCACAGCGAUUGGUGGUGAACCGACACAGUUUAAGGCUUCUAAUAUCUGUAAAUCUAUAGGACCUUCAAAGAUUCAGACUCAUCUCUUCAAUCAAAUCAAUGUUAAUUAGAAUUACAGAGCAUCGAUCUAAAUCUAUAAUUCAAAUUGUUCAUCUUAUUUGUAAUCACUGAACGAGCAUUUAUUCUUAAUCCCUUUUUGUUUGUCUGAGAAGAUACUGCGUCCUUUGGUCUUCCAGCACGGUCCACCUCAUUACUACUCCCUUCAACACCUUCCAUCAUGGAUGUACUUGUGAAGAAAUGCUCGUCCUCUAAGUUCUGUUGCGCGUUUUAUUGCUGCAAGAAGACCACCCGAAGACUAGAACCGGAGACGAGCGAUGGCCACGACAGUCUUAAGGCUUCUUUUUCUAAUCGAACUUGACACUCAUCCAUCCUGAAGAGGGUUUGCAAGGGAACAAAAGGCACCCAGGAAAAGGAUGCGCCUGGAGAUGGAUUAGGCGGGCGAGCUCUAACAGUUGCAUGCUCACCGCAAAUCAUACACUGGGCUCGUACAUUCUUCCUCCAGUAACCGGCUCCGGUUCCUCUUGCGAAAUCGCAGUGCCUGACGACGCAACAAGGGAGCCUCUUUACUGUACAUGUCCAUCGGGUGACGAUAACGACGAAAAGAGCUGUAAAGGAAAAACGAAAGUUCUAGGUCCCCACGAGGACCAAAGUUCCGUGUGGUGGCCACUGCUUAUCAGCACACUGCUUCUCUUGUCGGUUACGAGGCUACUUAAUACUUCUUUCAUCUUCUAGAAGUACUAAAUGGUCCUGCUCUAAGAUCUGACGAGCAGGCUAACAGGACGAGCUUUUUCUGAUUAAUAUAGCCCUCAUCUAAUUUUCGACCGUUUGCGGGUGUCCGCGUGAAGAGCAAGCUGGGAAAUACGAUAAUCCCGAUUGUCAAAAAAGAAUGGAAUGCACAUAGCACCGAUCGGGCCACUGCUUUUGCGUUCGAGUACCACAUUUAUGGCUCACCAUGAGGCAAAUCAAUUCCUUUUCGACAAAAGAUUUAUUUCACUUGUUUUCCUCUUCCUCAUCCUCAAACCUCAAACAGUAAGAAAGCUAGACUCUACUCACAAGAAUUCAUGAAUCAUCAUAUUCAUAAGGCUGUUUUUUUAAGAACAACAUGAUCCAUCAUCAUCAUGACUCUGAGCUCAUCUAACACUCAGGGGACAGGCACAAUGCGCCUUUUCUGCGCGUUUUUCUACCUGAGAAACCGCUAGCUGCACAAGUCGAGGACGGUCAGAAGAAGGGCAACCAGGUAGGCAAAGGCAAUGCGGAAGGCAAUCCUGUGCUUUUGUAACAAGCUUCUAAAGAUGCUUUUGCACUUUUGUCGAAUUGUUCCAAGUCUGGUGUAAUUCAAUAGAAGUACAAGAUAACUCCCCGGGCCCGGGUGCCCCGGGAGACGUUAAGGAAGGGAAAAGGAUACUUUAGGGACGUGGGUGGGGGUGAAUGGUUUCACAAGGUGAAACGGGCGCCCGAGGGGCGCGCACUCCCCUCCGCGUCGCGGGAAAGGGGAGCGGGGGCGCGGUGAUUUUAUAUACAAGAGGAAGGUGGCAGCACUGGCACCGGUGUCCGCGGUUUUUUUCUCCUCUUCCGUCUCUUUGUCCCGUUCGUGGCCUUGUGUCCGGACUCUAGCGAACAACAAGAACAAAGCAAAACGGAGGCCCGCGAGGGUCGUCCGCAAAUUAUAGCGAAAAAAAGGGGGCCCCGUUCCCAUAGUAAGAAAGAACAAGCAAACAAGAGGCGCCGGCGGGCAGUGAAACACGCACCACCACGGGCACCAUCUUCAACGCGUUGGCCACAGCUGGCGCGGGUGUUCGUGGCUUUUUUCUCCUUUUCUCCCUCUUUGUCCCGUUCGUGGCCUUGGGUCUGGACCAUAGCGAACAACAAGAACAAGGGAAACAAAGCGGAGGCCCGCGAGGGUCGUCCGCAAAUGAUAGCGAAAAGAGGGGGGCCGUGUUCCCAAGUUGGUGACAAGAGUAAGCAACCAGGAGGCGCCGGCGGGCAGUUAAACACGCACCACCACGGGCACCAUUUUCAACGCGUUGGCCAUAGCUGGCGCGGGUGUCCGCGGGUUUUUUCUUCUCUUCUGUCUCUCUGUCCCGUUCGUGGCUUUGUGUCCGGACUUUGGCGAACAACAAGAACAAAGGAACACGGAGGCCCGCGAGGGUCGCCCGCAAAUUAUAGCGAAGGCGCGGACCUCACUCCCAUAGUAACGUAAGAACAAGCAACGAGGAGGCGCCGGCGGGCAGUGAAACACGCACCACCACGGGCACCACCGUCAACGCGUUGGCCAUAGCUGGCGCGGGUGUUCGUGGCCUUUUUCUUCUUUUCUCCCUCUUUGUCCUGUUCGUGGCCUUGGGUCCGAACAAUAGCGAACAACAAGAACAAGGGAAACAAAGCGGAGGCCCGCGAGGGUCGUCCGCAAAUGAUAGCGAAAAAAGGGGGGCCGUGUUCCCAAGAUGGUGACAAGAGUAAGCAACCAGGAGGCGCCGGCGGGCAGUUAAACACGCACCACCACGGGCACCAUUUUCAACGCGUUGGCCAUAGCUGGCGCGGGUGUUCGCGGUUUUUUUCUUCUCUUCUGUCUCUUUGUCCCGUUCGUGGCCUUGUCGUGUCCGAACUAUAGCGAACAACAAGAACAAAGCAAAACGGAGGCCCGCGAGGGUCGUCCGCAAAUUAUAGCGAAAAAAAGGGGACCCCGUUCCCAUAGUAAGAACAAGCAAACAAGAGGCGCCGGCGGGCAGUGAAACACGCACCACCACGGGCACCACCUUCAACGCGUUGGCCACAGCUGGCGCGGGUGUUCGUGGCUUUUUUCUUCUUUUCUCUCUCUUUGUCCCGUUCGUGGCCUUGGGCCUGAACCAUAGCGAACAACAAGAACAAAGGAAACAAAGCGGAGGCCCGCGAGGGUCGUCCGCAAAUUAUAGCGAAAAAUGGGGGGCCGUGUUCCCAAGAUGGUGACAAGAGUAAGCAACCAGGAGGCGCCGGCGGGCAGUUAAACACGCACCACCACGGGCACCAUUUUCAACGCGUUGGCUAUAGCUGGCGCGGGUGUCCGCGGUUUUUUUCUUCUCUUCUGUCUCUCUGUCCCGUUCGUGGCCUUGUGUCCGAACGAUAGCGAAGAACAAGAACAAAGGGGCGCGGAGGCCCGCGAGGGUCGUCCGCAAAAUAUAGCGAAAAAAAGGGGGCCCCGUUCCCAUAGUAAGAACAAGCAACCAAGAGGCGCCGGCGGGCAGUGGGACACGCAUCACCGCGGGCGCCAUCUCCAACGCGUUGGCCAUGGCUGGCGCGGGUUUUCGUGGUUUUUUUCUUCUUUUCUCCCUCUCUGUUCGAUCGUGGCCUUGUGUCUGAAGUAUAGCGAACAACAAGAACAAAGGAAAACGGAGGCCCGCGAGGGUCGUCGCGAAUUAUAGGCAGCGAAAAGAGGGGGGCCCCCCGAAAGUGGUAGCGAAAAAAACGGCGGCAAGCCCGCGAGGGUCGUGCGAAAAUGAUAGCGAAAAACGGGACGACCCCGCUCCCAAGACGGUAGCAACGAGCAGCCCUGCGCCGGCGGGCGCUAGGUGUCUGCUUCUGGUUUGAUGUUGUCAGGGUCGUCGCAGUUCUCAAGUUGUGAGAGAAAUCUAGGAAGUGGCUGAUCGAGUCCCCGAAAAUCGACAGAGAAAGAUCCGCCAAAGGAACCUACCCGCAAGGCCAAGAAUCUGAGCAGAUCCGCGCCACAGAUCCAAAAAAGCCCGGCGCAGUGCCAUAAGGAUGACCGUCGAACAAGCCCAAAGAGUGCGCGGGCGCUGGAAGUUUUCUGGCGUUGCGCUUGUCUUCGUCUGUCGUGGCUUGUUGGUGUUCGUGGUUUUUUCUCUUCUUCUCUCUCUCUGUCCCGUUCGUGGCUCCGUGUCCGGACGAUAGCGAGCAAGUGAACGAAUGAAAAAGGAGGCCCGCGGGGCGGGCGCUCUGAAGGUGAUAGCGAAAAAAAGCGGGGGCUGUUGCUGUUGAGUGAUAGCGAAAAAAGCGGACGCUGCUGCUGUUGUUGUUGUUGCUGCUGUUGCUGCUGUUGCUGCUGUUGCUGCUGUUGCUGCUGUUGCUGCUGUUGCUGCUGUUGCUGCUGUUGCUGCUGUUGCUGCUGUUGCUGCUGUUGCUGUUGUUGCUGUUGUUGCUGUUGUUGCCGUUGCUGCCGUUGCUGCCGUUGCUGCUGUUGUUGCUGUUGCUGCCGUUGCUGCCGUUGUUGCCGUUGUUGCUGCUGUUGCUGCUGUUGCUGCUGCUGUUGUUGCUGUUGUUGCUGUUGUUGCUGUUGUUGCUGUUGUUGCUGUUGUUGCUGUUGUCGCUGUUGUCGCUGUUGUUGCUGUUGUUGCUGUUGCUGCUGUUGUUGCUGUUGUCGCUGUUGUCGCUGUUGUUGCUGUUGUUGCUGUUGCUGCUGUUGUUGCUGUUGUCGCUGUUGUCGCUGUUGUCGCUGUUGUUGCUGUCGUUGCUGUUGUUGCUGUUGUUGCUGUUGUUGCUGUUGUCGCUGUUGUCGCUGUUGUCGCUGUUGUCGCUGUUGUCGUUGUUGUUGCUGUUGUGGCUGUUGUGGCUGUUGUUGCUGUCGUUGCUGCUGUUUUGUUGCUGCUGUUUUGUUGCUGCUGUUUUGUUGCUGCUGUUUUGCUGCUGCUGUUUUGUCGCUGCUGUUUUGUUGCAGCUGUUUUGCUGCUGCUGUUUUGCUGCUGCUGUUUUGUCGCUGCUGUUUUGUUGCUGUUGCUUUGUUGCUGCUGCUUUGUUGCUGCUGCUUUCUUUGUUGCUGUUGCUCUGUUGCUGUUGCUUUGUUGUUGCUGCUUUGUUGUUGCUGCUUUGUUGUUGCUGCUGUUGUUUUGUUGCUGUUGCUGUCGUUGUUGCUGUUGCUGUCGUUGUUGCUGUUGCUGUCGUUGUUGCUGUCGUUGUUGCUGUCGUUGUUGCUGUCGCUGUUGCCGUCGUUGUUGUUGUUGCUGUUGUUGUUGCUCUUGUUGUUGCUCUUGUUGUUGCUCUUGUUGUUGCUGCUGUUGUUGCUGUUCUUGUUGUUGUUCUUGUUGUUGUUGUUGUUGUUCUUGCUGUUGUUGUUCUCCUUGUUUUUGCUGUUGUUGUUCUUGCUGUUGUUGUUCUUGCUGUUGUUGUUCUUGCUGUUCUUGUUGUUCUUGUUGUUCUUGUUGUUCUUGUUGUUCUUGUUGUUCUUGCUGUUCUUGUUCUUCCUCAAGGCCACCUGCUGCUCACAUGGAAGGCCUUCAGUGUUUACUUUAAAGGCGCCUUAGGGGUCCUUUAGUGUUUACAUUAAAGGCGCCUUAAGGGUCCUUUAGUGUUUAUAUUAAAGGCGCUCUAAGGGUCCUUUAGUGUUCACAUUAAAGGGGAGGGGAGUCCUUUAGCAUUCACAUUAAAGGCGUCUUAGGGGUCCUUUAGUGUUCACAUUAAAGGCGGGGAGUGUUCGGGGAUUUUUAAUAGUAUUUAAAUAGAGUAUUUUGCACUUCCGGACGAUUGUGCGGUAGUGAGAAGUACUAGCAGCACAAGCUGUCCUUGUGACAAGUAAAGUUUUUUCCUCCAUGUAAUUAUGGUGUGACUUGUUGUUCUUCUUGGUCUUGGCAUGAUUGAUUCAUGUCGUGAUACUUAUAAAUAUAUAGAUUUCCAACCGUAGUCAAAAACAAAAUAUGAUUGUCACAGUUCUUAGCGUUCAAAAGUUGAUUUUGUCGUCCAUUCGGUUUCGAUGUAUUGGGUGCACUCACCUUCUUCUUCCAUAUUCUGAUCUAGAAAUGCUCCCGUAGAAGUUGAAGCUGAGCCUACUUUUCUCUUGUCCUUAAAAAAUGCUGCAGUAGAUGUAGAAUUUUAGGUAAUACUAAUAGUUCCUGCUAGUAGCUGAAGUAAUCCAAAGCUCAAGUAUGUUUAUGUUAUUCGUCUUGCUGAUCAAGCAAAAGAAAUAAGUCACAAUUUCAAACAUUCUUUGGCUAAAAGCGUUAUUUUUAUUCCUGAGAGUAUUAGACUUUCUUAAUCUUAAAAACCGUAACACUUGUUCCUCGUCUGAUUUGUCCUCUUUCGUCUUUCUCUUGGAUGCUGGGAGACAGACGAGGACGCUCAUGAGAUGAAUCUUGAAACGACUCAGUCUUUGCUCGGCAUACUUGCAAACUCAUCAAAACUCAUCAAAACUCAUUGGGCGACCGCUGUGACUCGCCAACACCGC